UACAAUAUACAAAUCCAAUAAUGCAACAGCAACCAGUACCUCAACAACAGCAACAGCAGCCACAACAACAAGGACAACCACCUCAAAUGGCAGUUGGAUAUAUGAAUGAUCAAACAUCAAUGAUGAUGUCAUCAGCAGGUGCUAAUGCACUACCUCAAAAUGUCAAUCGACAACCAGGUGCAACAGCUGCAGUUAAAAGAAAAUUAAAUGAUACAACUAUGUACAGUAAUGAACAAACACAAUAUGGAGCACCACCUAAAAUAGCAACUCAAUCAACAGGUGGCUCAAUACCUCAAUAUCAACAAAAUCAAGUUAUAAUGCAACCAAAUAAUUAUAUGCAACAAGCACAGCAACAACAGCAGCAACAAGCACAACAGCAACAGCAACAGCAACAGCAAGUAGCUCAUGCACAAAUGUAUUCUCAAGGACAAAUGUCUUCAGGUCCUUAUAUGAAUAAUCAAAUGCUUGGAAAUCCAGCAAAUAUGAUGCAACAACAACAACAACCAUCUGUUUAUCCAAAUAUGAUGAGUAGUCAACCACAAAAUAUUUAUAAUCCAGGAACGGGUAAUCCAACUCUUAAUCGAACACCAAAUCAAACACCUAUGUCAAUAUCAAAUCAACAAUGGCCAAACAAUCAAACAAUGAGUGUUGGAAGACAACCACAGAAUGCAUAUAAUCAAAUGAUGCCACCUGAUCCACAACAACAACAUUAUGUUCAACAGCAACAACAACAACAACAUUAUUAA